GUUAUAAGCUCAGUUUAAGAGAACAGCAGAUUUGCAGUUUCCAGCAUCUGACGUAGGACCUGAACGCCUCUUGCAGCAGACGUCUGCUCUACACCUGGCCGAGGAUGCAGUUGGUUCUCAUGGCGGCGGUCCUGGCGCUGGCAGAAGUGGGAUGCUUCGGUUGCCGCCUGAAGAAUGUCAGCAUCCCCAUGGAGAGAUGCGGCCAGAGGGUGUGCAUCCACACCACGAUCUGCGAAGGGCUGUGCUUCUCUGAGGACGCCGUCUUUGAAAGCCCUGACGAGGCGCCCGAGCAUAGGGUCUGCAACGGGGACUGGUCCUACGAGGUGAAACACAUCCAGGGGUGUCCGGAAAGCAUCACCUACCCCGUGGCCACGAACUGCUACUGCUCUGCGUGCAACACCAAAGACACAUACUGUACCCGCCUUUAUGCACACAUACCCAGCUGUUAAACUACUUACAUGCACUUAAAAUCCUCGCGUCUCUUUGUCUGACGCUGAAAUAAAAGAAGAUACUGCUCGU